GACGUAGUUGUACGCUGCGGUGAUGCCGCAUACUAAUUCUGUGACCCCAGAGCAUCGGGUGUGUCUGGUUGCACUCAACCGCAUCUCGUCUGCCGGUACUAUGACAGUCGACAUCGAAAAUCAACGCCGUUUACUCGUACCAGACAACGCAAAGAUGCCGAAAUGGGAGAAAAUUUCGAAGAUCAUUGAGAAAGACGACGCCAAGGAGCUGCGGCAGCAGCUGGAGCACGAGACGCUGGAGCUGGUGGCCCGGCCCCAAGACUCCAGGCACCACAAGACGGCGCUCCAUGCCGCUGUUGAGAGCCCCGCUCCAGAGUGCCUGAAGGUCCUGCUGGACGCCAGCCCAGGUCUAGAUGUCCUGGACUCUCCAGACAUCGACGGCAACACGCCUCUACAUGCAGCGGUGAAGGGUCUUAAUAGUGACGCCAUCACUAAACUUAUUAACGCAGGAGCUAAUGUGAACUUACGCAAUGAUCAGGGACAUUCCCCCCUCCACCUGCUGGCUUAUGCGGCGGCCACUGCUGCGAGUGCUGAGAACUUCGAUAAAUGCGUUGAUGCUUUGCUCAAGUGUCCAAGUUUGGACUUUGAAGCUUUGAAUAACAGUAAGAUCACUCCCUUGCGAGCCGCGGCAGGGAAAAUGCCAAGUAAGACAGGCUCUUUGGUAACGUUUUGUCAGAAGCUGGUGCAGAAAGGAGCAAAUAUCGACACCAGCACGCGGUCAAUUUUAGAUAAGCAUAACUUUCCGAACAUUCCGAUCGAGCCCACAACUUUGCCACAGCCUCAAACCGCGACUGCGAAACUCCUCAACCUUCUUAUACUCAACCAACCUGAAGGCAUCGCGGAUAUGUUUAGGGGUGUGAGUGGCUCGCAGGAAGUUCGUGCGGCGGUCAACUGCUACUUCGGGUCGAAGAAAGCCUUAUACUACCUUGUUGACCGCUGCAGCGAGACGGGGGUGAAGGCACUCCUACAGGCCGGGGCCGACCCUUGGUCCAGUAACAGGAACGGCGAGCUUGCCCUCCACAGGGCACUGGCUCGUGGGCACGUGGCUAUCGUGAACCUCCUCAUCAGUGAGAUGAAGAAGAAUAACAGGAACCGCGUGGUUGAUCUGCGGCACAAAAGUUUCUCUCUACUGCAAAAAGCGCUAGAAAAUAACAAAGCUGCUGAUAAAACUGUUACAGAAUCCUAUGAUCCGAAUAAAUGCUUGCAGCGCUUGUUUGAAAACGACGUUUUAAUAGAUGUUAAUCAAAAGGAAGAAGGGACCGUCGUAAACCAAACUGCUCUCCACAUUGCCGGUGCAAUGAACAACCAAGAAGCUAUGGCGAUUCUUCUCGAACAUGGAGCGUAUCUCGGCGAGCAUCGAAUGAUCGGGAAGCAAGACAAUGGAACGGUUCUUAAAGCUUUAAUUGCAAAGACACUUGAGAAAACCAUGGAUAAUUGCAUCAAAGUUCCGUCCCAAACCAUUGAGAAAAACGAGGAUGAUACCUUGGAUCCCGAUUACACUCUUGAGCUGAACUACCAGUUCCUAAUGAGCCCCACCCCCAGCGAGCCCACUAAAGUUCAGCAGCUCGAGAACGAAGUAUCGCCACUAUACGACGUCAGUCAAAGCCAAGAACACCGCAACUCCAUCAAACAUCCACUUAUACAAACUUUCCUUUACGCCAAGUGGAGGAAGGUAUUUCCACUUUACAUUCUGAAUUUAUUUCUCUAUAUGAUGUUUGUAAUACUCCUCACCGGAUUUAUGUACGGGCUGAAGAACUUACGAGUGGUAGAAAACUUGGCUUCGUCAAGCAACUCCACAGAAGCCCAGCACCUGGAGGAAGAGAUUCUGCGGUACCGAAGUACUCGCACCGCCUGCAUGGCUUUUGUCCUCAUAAUCACGGUCUACAUGAUGGCUAAGGAAGUUUUCCAGAUCGCGUUCACGUAUAAAAGUUACUUUCGGUGCAUCGAGAACUACUUGGAAUGGUUCUUGAUCGUCGCAGUUCUGGUGGCCUGCUUGGUACCGCUGUCUGUGUCCGCCACUCGACACCUCGCGGCCUGGGCGAUGAUCGCUGCAUGGUAUCAGUUCGUGCUGGUGCUCGGCCGAGCGCCGCCGCUCGCCAUCUACAUCACAAUGCUGCGCCACGUGUCCUGGAACUUCCUGAAGCUCGUCUUUCUUUUCGGCUUCCUCAUCAUCGCGUUCAGCAUCAGCUUCAACAUCAUCCUCCAGCCUGAUGACGGUGCACAGAGCGGGGACUUCGCGGACUUCUGGACGACGCUGCCGCGUGCCAUCGUCAUGUCCACGGGCGAGUUCGAAUAUUCGUCCAUCAGCGAGGAGCUGACGAAGGCAGGCACGGUCUACGCCACGUCAACCGUGCUUAUCUUCCUAGUGUUCCUCUUCCUCAUCUUCCUCGUCCUGAUGAACGUCAUGACGGGUCUCGCCGUCACUGAUGCUAAGGAAAUUGUUGAAGACGCGGUGCUCUAUUCCCUCAAGUCGCGACUCGAACUCGUGUACCUCAACGAGCAGCUGUUCAUCAAGGUGCGCUUCCUGCAGCGCCUCCUGCCGCGCCUGCAGCUGCUCAGCAGCAAGCAGCGGCGGCUGCUCGUCAAGAUCAACAAGUUGCCCAAGACUGAGAGGAUCAUUUACGGCGACCAGGAGCAGCUCAAGUGCAAACUGGACAACCGCACGGCUGAAGUAAUCAGGAAUCACCGCCUCAACAGGAUCGCAGCUCAACGUGAGGAGCGCAUGCAGGAUCNAUGUGAACUAACAUGUGAAAAAUACUGA